AUGGCGGACAGCGAUGGCAUCCGAUCAGCGGUCGUCAUGCUGGGUGCGGCGGCGCUCCUCCUGGGAGCCUCGGAUGCCUCGCUGGCAUCGGAGGCUCCCCAUCAACACCCGGCCCUGAACAUGGUGGUGGGCAGCCUGGCAGACAACGAUGCCUUCUGGCCGAACGUCCUACGAUACAUCAGCUUCUUCUUCUCCGUGCUGCUGGGCACGGCCUACGUCGCCAUCCAGCCCAUCAUCAAACUGCUCAAGAAACCCUCCACUGCCGUGUUCACCGUGGCGGCGCUCGCCUUUGCCCUCUUCCUGCUCAAGGGGACGGUGUCAGCGAUGCUGGGGGUGGGGACGGCCCAGGAUCUCCCUCCCCUCUGA